AUGGCCGAUCACUCUACCAUGGCGGCCUACGAAACGUCGAGUAACCGGAGUCCUCAGGAUGCUGAGAAGAAAGGGGAGCCUAUGGAGCGCUGGGCAUCCGUGGAUGUCGACUAUGGUGCCGAAACCGAUCUCAAGCGGAGCCUCUCUACGCGGCAUUUGACCAUGAUUGCGCUGGGGUCAUCGAUUGGUAUGGGGUUAUGGCUGGGAAGUGGUGAAUCGCUGGCGGAUGGUGGUCCGGCAGCCAUCUUCAUUGGCUACCUGCUGAGUGGCACGAUGAUUUGGUCCGUCAGCCACUCCAUCGGUGAGAUGGCCGUUAUGUAUCCUUUGCCGUCUGCAUUCACCCAGUGGACGGAGAUCUUCAUUGACAGAUCGGCAGCCUUUGCGCUGGGCUGGGCGUAUUGGUUCUCCUACUUCAUCACGAUCGCAAACGAACUUCAGGGUAUCGUCACGGUCCUUAACUUUUGGACGGACAAGGUGCCAACUGCGGCCUGGAUUACAAUCUUCUGGGUGGUGAUUAUCUUCAUAAACGUCUUUGCGGUCCGGUUCUUUGGCGAGGUAGAGGUCAUUGCCUCCUCUAUCAAGUUCGGAUGGAUCUUUGUGGUCAUCAUUUCUCUGAUCGUGGUUUCGGCCGGCGGCGCUCCCGACGAAGGACCGAUCGGCUUCCGCUACUGGAACUCGAUGCCAUUCACCAACGGCUUCAAAGGCUUCCUGUCUGUCAUGCCCACCUGUAUCUUCGCCAUGUCCGGAUCGGAGAACUCGGCGCUGGUUGCAGCGGAGACAGACAACCCGCGCAAGGCGGUGCCACGCGCCGUGAGCUCGAUCUGGUUGCGCCUGUCGCUGUUCUACGUCCUGGGCUCGUUGAUGAUCACCAUCACGGUGUCACCGAAGGACCCCAAUCUUUUUGGCGGUAGUGGCGUCAACGCAUCGCCGUUUGUCAUUGCCUAUCGCAACGCGGGUCUUGCUCCAUUGGCUCACAUCAUGAACGCGGUGAUCUUCAUCUCUGUGCUGUCGACGGGAAGUAUUUCUGCCUAUGGUGGCUCGCGGACACUGAUGGGAUUGACGCAUCUCAAGCUCGCGCCAAAGAUCUUCGGCAAAGCCGACAAAGCCGGUCGUCCCGUCGCCGGACUCGUCAUCACGCUCGUCAUCGGCGGCGGCCUGGCCUACCUCAACGUGAACAACAAGGGUUCGACCGUCUUCACCUGGUUCUCGAACCUGACCUCCCUCUUCACGCUCUUCGGAUGGGGCACCAUCUGCCUCUCGCAUCUCCGCAUGCGCUACGCCUGGAAGAUCCAAGGCCGCUCCGUCGAUGACCUCCCCUGGCGGUCCUGGACCUACCCCUACGGCGCCAUCUGGGGCUUAACCUGGUGCAUCCUGCUCAUCAUCGCCGAGUUCUAUCUCAGUUUGUGGCCCCUGGGCGGUAAUCCCACGGCCAAGGGCUUCUUCGCCAACUAUGUGUCCGUGGUGGCGAUUGUGGUGCUGUAUAUCGGGGCGCGUUGCUACUACCGUGGACGGUGGUGGGUGGAUGCGAGCACGAUUGAUCUCGAUGGUCCUCGUCGGUUCUAUGCCGAGGUGGCGGAUGUUGAGGCCAGACCGGCUAAGACGGGGGUGAAGAAGUAUGCCUCGAUGGUGGUGUCUGCUGUUUUUUAG